GCUCCCUUUUUUCCAGUUGAAUCUUAUGAUUCAUGAGCAGCUGAGUGAACCAAGCUUUCAAUCGGGGAGCUUUUCAAGUUCUUGCGGUGCAACACCUACAGAUGGCCAGGACAUGUUUUGACAGCUUGUUUACAGGUAGCCUGUGUAUAGUUUGGGCUUUCGUUCCAUCCUUUCUCUGUCUGAACUAUUGUAAUAACAGAUGGGGAAUUCAGCAAGGGGAUCCUCCUUGACGCUUUGCACUCAUUCUCUGCAAAGCAAAGAUGUGACCCACAGUUCUCUGGUGAUUUUACAACAAGUUGGUUGAGCUUACUUCACAGACAUUUUCCUUCUGCUGGGGAUUAGCAUAAUGCAUACUUAUGCCACACCCUGCUUGGCUGCUUAAUCAUAUGACAAUUAUUUCCGAACGCUGAGUGUCUUCUCUGUGGGAAGGGAGGUGAGCUGGGGAAAGCCUUAAUUUGUGCUUUUUGACUGGCUGCAAACAGCUGAUCCCUCCCUUUUCCUGAAUCUACAUGCCUCUUGCUCAUAGGUGAAUGGAUGCAGAUGUGGGUGUUGUAUAAUGCAGCUGCCAAGUGUUUGUUUGAGAUACUUUGCGAUCAGCUUUUGAUGCCUUCCAAACCUUUUCUCCUGCGUGUGACGUGGGCUUCUCGGUAGGACACCUGCGAGACCACAAGCGGUUCAUGGGAGGAUACAGUCAUCAUCUGCGUGGGGGUCUUUCUUCUUAGCGAAACAAGGAAAGGAACUGUAGAGCUGUGACUCCUUUAUCCACUUCAGACAAAAGGAAGACAAGCAAGGCCAUGGUGAAGUUGGCAGCUGCCCUUUUGUGUGCAGGUUGCUUUCUGCUCACAGUCACAGGCAAUGAUGACUUUGAAUUAGCAGAUGCUCUUGACAAAGGUACCCCAAAGCCUCCUCCAGCUACCAAAAAGCCUUCAGUGGAUGGCAACUCCAGACCUAAGCUGUAUCCUGACCUUAGACCACACGGAGGUGGCAACGGAAACAAUGAUCCCGACUUUCACUUAGGAGAUGCCCUAGGUGCUGGUGAUGGUCCCCCUCCGAACCCUCAGCCAUACCCACGUCCACGUCCACAGCCAGGAAGCCAUAUUAAUUCUGGUGAUUUUAAUGAUUUGGAUCUCAACGAUGGGAGACCUCCACCUCCAGGACCAGCAGGGGGCAACGAGCACAUUUCAAAUCAAGGUGGCAACACUGUGGAUAGUUCGGCAGCUCAGAUUUCGUCUCCUGUUGUGAUUGCAGUUGUGCUGUUAGCCUGUGGGGCGAUAGCGGGCUACACUGCUUACAAGAAAAAGAGAUACUGUUUUAAACCGAGAGGUGGGGCAGUUGUCUAAACCAUCAAGAAACCAACUGAGAAAUAUUGACCUCCAGAAGAUCAUCUAUAAACUCUCACACACUAUGUUACAUUUAUGUAUAAAUUCUCCCAUUGAGGUUUUCAGUAAUAUGGCAUUUUCCUUGAGUGAAAACUGUUAACCAAUAUUUCAAAGCUAGAGACUAAUUAAUUGAACACAACUACAUGAGAGUUCUUCAUUAAUAUGACAUAAAAUGUUUCUAAAUGUCAUACUUUGUAGUGGG